UCAAUACACUGGAAGAAGCUGACUUCCUCUCUCUCUCUCUCUCUCUCUCUCUCUCUCUCUCUCUCUCACACACACACAAAUACAAACCAACAAACACAAUUCUGGGGGUGUGAAGCACAGGUAAGGACCUCUAUCACCUGGACGCCAUGCUCGCCAUCGGCCCUACAGCACUCGAACAAAAGCAGAGAACACGUGUUAAAUUCACUAUAUUAGUGCCGUGUGGCAGCUACAAUGAUGUAUAUUAUUAAACUUAGUUAAUAACACGUCUAUGUUAUUUAGCAAAGAGUGUCAUGCAGGACUGGCACGUAACAAAAAGAAAGUAACAAGAAAACAGAUUAAAUGAAUGAACUCGCCACCAAACAGACACAUAACGUCAGCCUGGCUGAUUACUGCACAACACCCACACAGAAGGCUCAACACGUGGAGGGGGACCAGAGUAUAUCAAACAGAUGAUAAAACACUUCAAAACUCAAAGGGACACCUACCAGAGUGCUGCACCUAACAGGCACAGCUGAUAUACUGAAUCCAUAGACUGUACAUAAAGAUGGACGACGCAUCUCCACUUCUUGAGUCAUGGAUGAUAAAGAGAACUGGAUACAGUGUCAGCGUCGGAGUUAGCUUCGUUAGCUUCGUUAGCUAUUUUUCUUUUCAAGCAUCUAAAUCUACCUCUAAUAAUAAUAUUCAUGCAGGUCGUAUCAACUUUAACUGAAGUAUCAUGAAUAGAGAGAUGAUCACGCACUGCAAUAAAUUCACUAUUGUUAACUGACUAUUAUGACAAACGUUAACUUCACACAUUCACAGCUAAUUCACGCCUCUGGCUGAUGAUUGGUCCACUGAAUCAGUCCAGAGAGACACAUCAGCCUCGUUCACUGAGGAAUACUGGCGACUCCCUUCAAGGAGACGAGUUAAAGCCUGUCCAGAAAGUCGCUAGAUAAGUUGCUAGCUGCUUUUUUGAGAAAAAGUUGCUAAAGAGGUCUGAAAAGUUGCUGCAUCUAACGACAAAGUCGCUAAAUUGGCAACACUGGUUUAAUCACUCAGAAACAGUCUCUGAUUGGCUGAUAGGAUCCAUGUCUGUCUCUGCAGGAUGUUGUCGUCUCCACCCGCCACCUCCUCCACCACGUAUCCAUCCCAUCACACCUCUGACCCCCAACACGUUGCCAUGGAGACCUUCUGGAAAGAAGUGCAGAGCAUCGAGGAGGAGGAGGGGGAGGAAGAGGAGGAGGAAGAAGAGAGAAAGAGUAUGGACGGUAAGACAAACUGACAGCAGAGUGAGACGUCGUCUUUCCCUCUCACUUCCACCUCUCUGUUUAACUGCAGAGGUGGAGCUGGAGGAGGCGUGGCUAACGGAGGCGGGGUUAUCCUCCCUGGUGACGGGCUCGUCAUCAGAGGAGCCGUCGCCACCGGCCGAGGCGCUGCUGUCAACGUUGACACAGCAACAGGUCGCCACGGUGAGGAGGAGGCUGGACAACUACAACGAGACGCUGAAGAGGAGAAACAGGCAGCCAAUCAGAGACGUCCGUGACAUCUUCACUGUGCCGGACGAUGACUCAGCAGACGGAUGCCCCGCCCCUCUCUCUCACCACCACGAGUCACCACAGAGUCGAUACCACACCACCACCAAAACCAUCCGCCGAAACACAGCCACAGUGAGACCGACGCUGCACAUCUUCCUUCCUGAACACACACACACACACUCUGCCAAACACACACACACACACUCUGCCAAACACACACCGUCUCCUCCUCACACCCCCUCCCCGCCCGUUGAUCGGGGGAGACGAGCCGAUUGGCUGCUGCGGGACUGUCCGUACUCAGAGGGCGUGGCCGAACACAAACAGGGCGGGACUUGUCGGGACUGCCUGCGUUUCCAUGGAGAAAACAGCAGUGACCUGCCAUUUGUACCUGUCUCUCCCUCUCAGGGUCUCACCUGGGCAGACGACCUGUCGUCAGGUGACCUCACGCAGCUUGGCUUCAUCACUCACAUCGAGCUCUCCACCUUCCUGCUCGCUCUGGGCAUCCAAACCAAAUGCACCCGCCCGCCUCGUCGCAGGAGCCGAGACAGCGGUGUGUUUGGCGUUCCUCUCGUCACGCUGCUGGAAAACGAUAAGAAGAAGUUUCCUGGAGUCAAAGUUCCUGUCGUCUUCCAGAAGUUGUUGUGUAUAUUAGAGCAGAGCGGCCUGCAGACUGAAGGGAUUCUCAGAGUAUCAGGAUCAGCUGCUAGACUGAAGCACCUGCGCAGAGAGUUAGACAGGUGUUCAGGGAGUCCUGGAGGGUUUGACUGGUCUGCAGUGAGACAGGUGGACGCUGCAGGUCUGCUGAAGCUCUUCAUCAGAGAGCUGCCGACACCUCUGCUGACACACACACACCUGUCCACCUACCACGCCGUGCUGGGUGUGUCAUCGCUGGUCCACCAGGUUCAGGCUCUGCAGCUGUUGUCCUUGUUGCUUCCUGAGUCCCACAGAGACACACUGAGAACAAACCUGAACCUGUUUCCAUGGUUACAGGCUCUGCUGGUCUUCCUGCGUAAGGUGGUCUCUCAUCAGGACCAGAACAGGAUGACUCUCUGGAACGUCUCCAUGGUCUUGGCGCCCAACCUGUUUGCCUGCCGUCACCGUGGCAACAAGCACACCGUCGCCAUGCAGCAGGCGGAGAUGGAGGAGGCGGUGAGAGGGGCUCAUCUAGUCCAACUGAUGAUCACACACCAGGACCUGCUGUGGACCGUUCCCACCUUCCUGCUGUCUCAAGUGAGACAGAUGAACCAGAUGUCCAAUCAAAGAGAGUGGGGCCUCACUAAGACCACAAGACGACUACUGAGGAGGAAGAACGACAAAAACGACAGGAACCAGGUCACUGAGCUGUGUGAGGGUGUGAUCCGGGUUCACGCCCCCCUGCACACCAAGGUUUCCAUGGCGAUACAACUUGACGGACAGACGAGAGCCAAAGACAUCACUGCACGCUUCGAGUGUGAGAACAGUCCUGUUCAGCAUCUGUAUGAAGUCGGCGGAAACAUCUGUGAACGUCGUCUCCAUGCCGACUGUCUUCUAUUGGACGUUUACCGUGUUAACCCUCGCUGUGAUUGGCUGAUCAAACCCUGACACACAGGAACAGUUUUCUUUGUAUGAACUGUUUAUUUUGAAUCCUCUCAGGUCAAACUUUGGUUUCUAUUGAUAAACUGAUCGAUAAAUGAUUAUUGAUUAAAUGUUGUGCUCAUAUUAAAGACGUAAAGUCCUGCUGAUGGUGUUUGUUUCACAUUCAUGUCAGUAUAAGCUGCUCAAAUAUCAGCUGUCAAUGUGAUGCAGCUGUGGAUCA